AUGGCCUACCUGAGGGGCACAUUCUGUGCGGGAUACAGGACAACUUCAAGGUGUGAAGGGAUCAAUGCUUUUAUUAAGGGUUUUCUUAAAUCAACGGAUAGCGUCCUGGAACUCGUACACAGUUUAGACCAGGUUGUUAAAGACUAUAGGAACAACGAAGUAACAGCCCAAUUCUAUUCCGCAUAUUAUACUCCGGUUCUAACGACUAGCCUUGAUUUGAUUGAGCUUUUCGCAACAAAGGUGAAUACUCGAGCGGUUUUUAGAGAAGUGAAAAAACAAAUUAAGGGUGUGGCAACGUUACUAAUUCGGGGCAAGGAGAGCAUUAGCAUGACCAGUGUUUACCAGUUUUCGAAAAUGGGAAAACCCAACAAAACACAUAGGGUCUUGUAUGAUCCGAAUGAGGAGAAGAUUGAAUGUGAGUGUUCAAUGUGGAAUAGCGAGGGUAUUCCUUGCAGUCAUAUCUUCUGUGUGAUGAAGUUCGAGGGACUGGAAGAAAUACCGGCUAGGCUUAUUCUAAGUAGAUGGUACAAGGAUGCAAAGGAUCGCAGGUCGAAGCCCCCGCAGGUUACAGAUGGCCAUCGAGGACGCUUACUUUGA